AUGGCUGAGUUAACUGCAAUUACCUUAGGAAAGUCUGUCCCUUUUCCUGUGAAGAUUUCAUCUAUACUUUGUAAAGUGGGACAAAAUGUUAACAAACAUGAAACAAUUUUCAAAUUUAAAUACUGGGACUACCAAGAUGACCCUAAUUCCAAAGAUGAAGUCCCUCCGAAAAUAAGAGUGGAGCGUAUAGGCACUUACGAGAGCCCAGUAGAAGGCGAGAUUGAGAAAGUUAAUGUCUCUAUAAACCAAGAAAUUCCUCAUAGUGGUGUUGAGGUUUGCUACAUCAAAGAACCAUGUGCCCAUGCUGUACAAUAUGGUGGACUAUGCGCGUUAUGUGGUAAAGCUAUAGAGGAUGAAAAAGAUUAUUCUGGCUAUAAUUAUGAAGAUCGUGCCACGAUUAAUAUGUCUCAUGAUAAUGAUGGAUUGAAAAUCAGUUUAGAAGAGGCUACGAAAAUUGAACAGAAUACAACUGAAAGGCUAACAGGAGAAAAAAAGUUGAUUUUGGUAGUUGAUCUUGAUCAAACUGUGAUACAUGCUACUGUUGAUCCAACUGUCGGUGAAUGGCAACUGGAUCCUUCAAAUCCUAACUAUCCAGCUGUGAAAGAUGUUAAAUCAUUUUGCUUGGAGGAGGAGCCAAUAACACCACCGGGCUGGAAUGGACCUAAAUUAGCACCAACCAAAUGUUGGUAUUACGUGAAAGUAAGACCGGGGUUGGAAGAAUUUUUACAACUGGUAUCGCAAAAAUAUGAGCUUCACAUAUAUACGAUGGCAACAAGAAACUAUGCACUUGCAAUUGCCAAAAUAAUAGAUCCCGAUGCAAAAUAUUUUGGGGACCGUAUACUAAGUAGAGAUGAAAGUGGAUCAUUAACUCAUAAGAAUUUGAAGAGACUCUUCCCUGUUGACCAAUCCAUGGUAGCAAUAAUUGAUGAUAGGGGCGACGUUUGGCAGUGGGAAAGCAACUUAAUCAAAGUAGUACCUUACGAUUUCUUCGUUGGGAUUGGCGAUAUCAACUCAAGUUUUUUACCCAGGAAAAAUGGUCAACUAACUGGCCCAAUCAAGAAAAGGAAAUCAAUUGCACAAUUAGAACAAGAAGAAACUUCUGAAAAAAAUGACGAGGAGGAGCAGUUACCUGAUCCUGAAACGGAAUCUUCUGAGCUGCCGGAACCAUCAUCUCCUGUUGACCGAAUACUUGAACUAGGUGGAGGAGAAGGUAAUACAAAUUUGCUUAUGGAACAAUCUAUCACGAGGAACCUCUCAAUUGAACAACAGCAACAUGAUCGCCCCUUGGCAAAAUUGCAGCAUAAUUUACAGAAGAUGCAUCAUCAUGAAGGCGGUACGCAGUCUGCUGAUGAAAGCGCUGAUGAUGAUGAAGACGAAAAUUUGUUAUAUGAUGAUGAUAAUGAACUUUUCUCGCUCAACAAGGCUUUGGGAAGAAUACACGAAGAAUACUACAAGAUGCUUGAACAAGACACAUCUAAUGGGUUUCACAAUAAACCUGAUCUUACAAAAAUUAUCCCUUCACUAAAAAGCGAAUGCUUGAAAGAUGUUACGAUAUUAUUCUCGGGAAUAUUACCCUUAGGAAUCAAUAUUGACUCUGCAGAUAUUGUCAUUUGGUGUAAGCAGUUCGGGGUCAAGGUUGUAAAUGAAGUGGAAGAAAGCGUCACCCAUGUGAUUUGUAGAGAACCCGUAAAUGGAGCCGGGCCCACUUUCAAAGUUCGAGUUGCUAGGAAAUCUUUGCCAGGUGUUAAAAUAGUUAACCCAGACUGGCUCUUUGCCUGUUUAAGCUCAUGGUCCAAAGUCGACGAGACGGAAUAUUUAAUCGAGGGCAACGAUCGAGACUGGUAUGUGGAUGAAAAAGACAUUAAAAAAUACCAAAAUGCUUUACGUAACAGAAAAGAGACCCAAUCUUCUACUUUUAUGCAGAGACCAAGAUUCAAUUCUAUUAGUUCGCUUGAAGAUUAUGAUCUUGAGGAAGCUAACCAAGAAGUUGACGACUUCCUAGCCGACGUAAGUGAUGGAGAAGAAGACGAAAACAUUGCUGUAAUUGCAGAAGAAGAUGAGGACGACGAGAAUGAAAUCCACGAUAGCCCAAAUGUAAAUGGUACCAAUCUGUACGAUUCAUUUGUGAAAGACGCAUACAAACUGGUCUCUAAAAAAAGAAAGGCUCUUGAUGAUGACAAUGAUGACAAUGUUGACGAAGAAGAAGAAGAAGAAGAAGAAGAAGAAGAAGAAGAAGAAGAAGAAGAAGAAGAAAAACAAAAUCAUGAUUUGGAUAUGCAUGUGUCUAAAAAGCAAAAGCACCCAUCCGAUGAUGAAGAUGAAGUAGACUUAGACGAACUCGAAAAGGAACUUUUGGAUGGUUUUGAUGAUAUAAAUGACAGCUAA